GUCAAGUCCGGAUUGCAGACGUCACGGCGGUUGUGUCCUGCGAACCAGAGCCGAGCCACCCGGGCUUCCACUCAUCACAGUCACUUCUCCUUCCUUCGUUGUGCUCAAAUAGAUGAUAGAUCAUGAAUAGAUUUGAUUCUUGUGAAAUCCUUGGUCAGCUGCCUAACAUCAGGCACGCUGCUUUUACUUUCCUGGUUCACAGAACUUUCGCAUCACGUUCCACAAGUCCGGCCCAGACGGACGAUUGCACAUGUUUGUUGUACUCAGACGACUGGUACUUUGGUGAUACUUUGUCAGGCGCGAUUUGCUCCCCUCUCAGCACAUCAUAUCUCAUUGCCAUGCACAUCCGUGAUACUAAUCUCUAUCGCUGGGGAGUCUUUAGAAGACUGGCUAAUCGUUUGGGUUCUCUCGACCAUUUUCUGGACGCUAUGACCGAGCUUGUGCAAUUCAGUGAUACAGAAGACCGGAAAGUUCGGCGUUAUGAGAUCAUCGCCCUGACGGACGUAAAUAUGAUUUGAAUUCUAGCAGAUUCUUUGACUGAUGCUCUUGGUAAUUAAGAUCGCAUGCGUCACUAUCAGAUG